AUGGCGGACCCGGGCCUAGAGCCGGAAUCAGAGCCAGAAUCGGUGUUCCCGCGGGAGGUCGGGCUCUUCGCGGACUCUUACUCGGAGAAAAGUCGGUUCUGCUUCUGUGGGCACGUGCUGAAUAUCACGCAAAACUUCGGGUCCCGCCUCGGAGUAGCAGCGAGCGUGUGGGACGCGGCUCUGAGCCUGUGCAGUUAUUUCGAGAGUCAAAAUGUGGAUUUCCGAGGCAAGAAGGUGAUCGAACUGGGCGCGGGGACGGGCAUCGUGGGGAUUCUGGCUGCGCUGCAGGGGGGGAAUGUUACCAUCACUGACCUGCCCCUGGCCCUAGAACAGAUCCAGGGCAACGUCCAGGCCAAUGUGCCAGCUGGAGACCAGGCCCAGGUCCGCGCCUUGUCCUGGGGGAUUGACCAGCAUGUCUUUCCUGGAGACUAUGACCUGGUGCUGGGGGCUGAUAUCGUUUACCUGGAGCCUACCUUCCCACUGCUGCUGGGAACCCUUCAACACCUGUGCGGGCCCCAUGGUACCGUCUAUCUGGCCUCCAAGAUGAGACAGGAGCAUGGGACAGAGAGCUUCUUUCAGCGCCUCCUUCCCCAGCAUUUCCAGCUGGAGCUGGUCCAGCGGGAUGAGGAUGUGAAUGUCAACAUCUAUAGGGCCAGGCCCAGGGAACCAAGACCUGCUUGAUGUUACCUCCUCUGCUCCUCUGAACCUCUCGUCUUAAUGAAGGAACUGCCAUAUCUCCAAAGCUGUAUCUCCAGAGCCAUACAUGGAAAGACCCAAAAGGAUGGAUUUCCCUGCCCUCUCUCUCUUUCUUCCUCUUCUCUUUGU